AUGUUUUACACCCCUUUUACCAUUUCAGGGUUACUCAAUUUCAUUGAUCCUCUAGAUCGCAACUUCCAACCGAUCCUCAACAGCCCGCAAUAGCAUCAGUUUCGACCCCCCCCCCCUUCACCCCCGGCCCGAGGAUGACCGCUCAGUUCCUCACGAAUGAGCUCACCAACCUGGUUCAGGAGGCGAAACGGAAGAACUCGGAUCUUAGACAUGUCAGUUUCUACAACAGGGUUAUUGCCCCAGUUGCGACUGUGAUACUAAAACAUUCCUUCUUAGGCGGCCGAAAAAUCCCUCGCAGAUCUCAAGUCGAUAGGGCCAGCUACAGAUGUCGCUAUUGGUACGCUUCCCGUUCUCGGGGAUUCGCGGUCUUGAGAGCUGACGAGCUCCUUCAGAGCUUUCGGGGAGACCACAGUUCUUACACCCGUUUCUCAUCGCCUGCAGCACGCGGAAUGCAAAAUUUAGCACUAUCGGCGUGGUUUGUUUGCAACGGUUGAUUGUCUCGCGGGGGCUGGCAAAGGUUUGUCGGCAAUGGAGAAUCUUGGACUUUGAUCUAGCUGACCUCCGGGAGACCGAGUUAAAGGAAGUCCUGGAAGCUUUCAGGGAAGCCGCUAAUUUAGGUUUGUGCUGAAUCUGGCGCAGUGCACCCCCCAUCGAGAGAUAUCCCUUCUGAUCCGAGCAUAGGUGUUGAAAUACAGCUCAAGAUACUGCAGGCGUUGCCUCCGCUUCUACAGAAUUAUGCAGAGGAUUUGAAAGGAAGCCUGUUGGGCGAGGCCCUGCUAAUAUGCUCGAUACUACAAGGCAGUAAAAUGGGCGUCGUGAACAAUACUGCCGCUGCAAGUAAGCUAUCCAGGUUACCCCGGCUCGUCGUUCUCGGUAUUCGACUAAGUUGGCGUUAUUCUAGCCUUGAGCCAAAUCGUUAUUUCGAUCUUUGAUAAAGUGGUAACCGAAGAUGGUAUGGGAAUAGCUCACCUUUGAAUUGCAAAAUUGGUCAAUGCAGACUAACCGCCGCAGAGAGAGCGCUGGAAGCCCCUACUGUGGGCGAAGGUCCUUCGGAAUGCGGAGCCAUACCUCUCCGAGCCGCGGCGCUUGAUGCUUACCGAGUGUUUUUUGACAUUUGUCUUCUUACCGAAGGACAAAGGCCACAAUUCCUUCGGUUUUCAGUCUUGCCGCAGCCGUUUGGGCUCGAGCUAAUAGAGUCUGUUUUGACAAAUCACCCUGCCAUAUUUCUUACUCACCCUGAGCAAGCCUAUGUCCUAAAGACCAGAGUAGCUCCAUUAAUAAUGCGAUCCCUUUCUGACCGUCUCAAUUUCCCAACUACAGUACGUAUAACACGCGUGUUAUACAUGCUGCUCCGGCGCCACCUUUCAAUUUUAUCGGAAGAAUGUGAGGUUGCGCUGAGUCUUUUGACCCACAUGCUUGAUCCUGAGGUAUCUGCUCCAUGGAAAAGGGCAUUGUGUAUGGAGGUGUUUCGAGGAAUUUGUGCGGAGUCGGGUCUUAUCCGCAGAAUUUUCGCAGAAUAUGACGCCAAGCAAGGAAAAAAGUCAAUAGUGAAGGAUUUAAUGGGUACUCUCACGAGAUUAGCUACCGAAAAGCCCAGUGUCAUAGGAUUAGGUACGCAGUCCUCUGCACCUGCGGGUCAGGCCGUGCCGAAGGAUUCUUCGAGCGAGCAAGCCGCAUUGGAGGCCGGAGGUGUCGCUGGAAUUAUUGGCGGAGCUGUAGGAUUGAGUGAGGUAAAUGUGGCUGGGCUUAGUACUCAGUGGAGUUUGAUGAGGGUACCGUGCAUUGACCAACUAGACAAGAGCGAGCCCCCAGCGACGCCGGAAUCGUACAUAUAUUGUCUGACACUCACCUGUAUAAACAGUUUCUGUGAGGGUUUAGCAAAAUUCAUCCUUCCGUUAUCCAUGGCUAGUGACGCCACAAGAGGAGCGAAGCGAAGAAACCCGGCCCGAGUAUCGUCUAUGGGGAUGGUGCGGACGAACAGUGUAGCAGGGAGCGAUAGUGAAUCCGGCCCUGCCACAAGAUCGGGGUCACCAAUGCGGACCCCGUCACCCACCAAGGGCACUCUCCGCAGAAAGCCAACGAUGAGACAGCACCGAAUACCUGCCAAUCCGCUGAGCAUGGAAGGUCAUCCUCUUUACAACGAGGUCAUUAUAUCCGCAGCAAUAAUGGAGUCGUGUUGGCCCGCUGUCCUGGCAGCUUGUUCAACGUUUCUCUAUGCCACACUUGAUAACGAAUUCUACCAUGGCCUUGUGAGGUCAUUCCAAAAGUUCACCCAUGUGGCUGGGCUAUUACACCUCACAACUCCUAGAGACGCAUUCUUGACAACCCUUGGGAAGGCUGCAGUUCCAUCAAAUGUCUUAUCGGCGAAUAUCUCAGCUUCUCCUAUGGUGUCUGACAAUCAAAGUCUGCUCUCAAACGCAAAAGGCCUUUUGAGCGUGGAUAGCUCGGGUAAUUCCGAGCGACCGACCCCUGGCGGAACCGAGCACCACCCCCCAUCACUUAAUAGCCGCAAUUUGCUUUGUCUUAGGGCCCUACUCAAUCUCGGGAUUGCCUUAGGCCCAACAUUAGAAAAGUCAUGGACCAUAGUUCUGGAAACACUUCAGCAGGCAGAUUACGUCCUUUUUGCGUCUUCCAGGAAGACGGGGAGGCAAAUUUCGCUGAACGCAUCUGCAGCAAGAUCCGAUACGCAAAAAGGGGCAGAUGCAGGUAAUCCCUUAACUAAUAUUGGGCCUGAAUUGUCCGUCGUCGAAGCCGCUGCGAUGAAGAUGUUUGAAGGGACAAGGGAUUUCCCCGACGAAGCAUUCACCGCAGUACUCUUGGCAUUAUGCAAGCUCUCCAAUGGGGACGGAGAGACCAAUAGUCGGACAUCAAUUGAUAAGUCGACAAGUCCACAGAGAUCUCCUCGAUCACCAACCUUCAGCCAUAAACGUCUGUCCAGUGUCUCAAACUCUUCAACUUCGCAAGUCAUUGGAGACAAUGCAUUUGCACUUGCAAAGCUGGGGGAACUAGCUCAGAUAAAUAUGAGCCGAUUGACCGGGCCAAAUCCUAUUUCCUCCGGAUGGGAUAUGCUUGCGAACCAUUUAGCUACUGUGACCAAUUCUCGGGACAGAGGGAACUCAAUACGCAUGAAGGCUGCUGAAGUCUUGCAUGAAGUUGUAGUUUCAGCCGCAAAGAUGAUCAUGACGGAGAGCACGGAAAAUAUGGCAGAAGUUCAAAAACGUAUCCUUUCCGCAUUAAGAGAGGGAGUAACAGAUGGAAAGGUCUUUGGGACUUCGGACUCAGUAACUAGAGCGACAGAGUUAGAGAUACAUCGUGCGGGUUUGGAAGCGUUGAACGCCAUAUUAGAGCAUUCUGGGCAGUCGCUGAUAGCGGGAUGGGAGAUUGUGUUUGAUAUCAUAAUGAGCGUAUUUGAUUCUACCAUGAUUUGGCGACGGGGUGCAACAAUUCCAGAGGCAUCAGCCGAAAUCGCAAAGUCUACCCGGUCUCCUAAGUUGAUCCGGAGCUCAUUUAGUUCUUUAGAAUUAAUCUGUUCUGAUUUCUUGGCGAGUUUGCCAACAUCUUGCGUUUUGGUUUUAAUAGAUGCACUGUUCGCGUUUUGUGGGCAGAAGGAUGACCUGAAUAUCUCUUUGACGGUAUCUAUCCUUCGGUCAGCAGUAGAUGUCUCAUUUGCUGAUUUUAGUGUAGACUAUUACUUUCUUUUGGAACGUUUCAGAUUUCUUACAGACCAAGGGAGAGUCCUCACUUUCAAGCGAACUUCUAUCCUCUCAAGCACAGAGCGAAAAGGACCUAUUAGAUAUGGUGGAGCAAACAGAUUCGGGUUCCCACCCUGCCCUUUGGAUGCUGCUUUUACUUCGUUUGACAGGAGUCAGUAAGGAUCAAAGAGCUGAAGUGAGAAAUGGUGAGUGCCUGUUAUUUGGCCGCGGGAGUUGUAGCUUACAGUCAAUUUUAUUUCCUAGGCUCGGUCCAGACCUUGUUCCGGAUAUUCGAUACUUACGGGCAUCAACUCAGCCCGCAAGCUUGGUCUUCGUGUCUAAAAAUUGUGGUUUUUAAAAUGAUGAAUAUUACCCCUAAUGAUGAGAAGGAGAGCGAUGUCCCGAAGAUUCGUGCUGCUGAGCGAAAGCAGUGGGACGAUACCAUCAAUCUCGUUCUCAAUGGGAUUGGCACACUAUACUCAAACUACUUUGAAGUUUUUGCUAAACAGUCGGAAUUCCGCAACACUUGGAGUGUCUUCAUCCGUUACCUAGAAGCCCUGUUAAAAAGACGGAGCCUUGAAGUCAAUACGACCGUAUUUGCAGUCUUAAAACACGUCCUGGAAAAGGCUGAUGGACCAGGAAAUCUCGACCCACCCUCAACUGAGGACGUCUGGAAGAUGUGGUCAGGACAGGGCGUCAAGUUGGUGGAAGGAAAUAUCGAUACUUCUCGGGCCGGGAUUCAAGAGACGCUCUUGGCGUAUGUCGACUCGUUCAAGCCACUCUAUAGAUUACUCGAGCCUGCAAUAAGCGCGGAUAUGGUGGACAAAAUACUGACUUUAUUAUGGGAAUGCAUUAUCUUCCCGGAUGCGCCGGCAUAUUUCCAGGACACUGACACCCUUACCCCGCUACAGGCGGCCAUACUGGGAGUCAUCCAGAUGAUGCGAACAGAUAUCCCCGGAAUUCCGUCAUUGGUGUUGAAACAAGUCGCGGACCUCAGUACGGUUGCUUACCGACCACCGCAUACCCCACAGUCCACCAAAGUCCGGAUUCCAUCUUACAUUGCACUAGCAACCCAAUCAAUGAACAUCUUGGAAGCCGUCAGCUCUCGCCAUGUGGAGAACAGCGAGAUCUACACAACGGGCGCCUUAUCAUCAGUCCUGUCCGCUCUAAAACUCCCCAUUUCCCUAAAAUACGACUUCACCCGUGCUGCCUCAUCAGCAACGGCGAAACGCCCGUCGCAGUGGAUUCCGGCGACCAAAGCCGCCCUAUCAAUAAUUACCAAAGUCCUUCCGGCAAUUAGCGAACUAAGUAUUAGCGAGGCUCACCAGAAAGAAGUAUGGAAGUUGAUAGUCGAAAUAAUCGGCGGUGUUGUCUCGGCGAAUCCUACGAAUAUCGACGAGGCGACACUGGUCUCCGACGAAACCUUUGACAUAUCGUCCUUCCGGGAAUUCCGGGGCAUGGUCGUCCCCCCGCUCGGCCGUGCGGUUGUUCCAGACGAGGUAGUACAGGCAUAUAUGAAGAGCAUAUUCAAGUCUUCCAUUCUCUAUGAUAUUGUGGAACUGGAGCAUCCGGGCUCGACAGAUAUAAGUCUAUCUUCACUUUCCAUAUGCGAACAUGGGAAAACUAGCGAAUUGGAAUUGGUCAGGAGGUCUCGGAUGGGCUACGCUUGCCUUGAUGAAUUAUUUGCCUUGGCGGCUGUGAAUGAUUCCAGUAUUCACUCAACCCAUCCAGCUUUUUAGGAUAUUGCUAACAAAGAUGAUAGAUUCAGAAGAACUCCAACGUCUCGCGGUAGCCUCUGCACCGUAUCUGGUCUUGCGGGCUGGGCGUGUUUUUCAGCACUAUAUUUCAGUAAUCAACCCCCCCCCCCUAGACACUAGUAAAUUUAACCCUGAAAUGGAAAAACAGGACCAACCCCUCCGCGGCCGCAUGCCUCAACCCGUAUGUCAGCGCAAAGAAAUGAUAUAUGUACUCAAGCGUCUUGUCAAUCUAGAUUCCAGAGUGAAGACGGUUUCUACCGACUGUGAGCCUCCUUCCUCCCCUCCUCCUAUCACUCGAAGCAGAGCGACUGAUAAAAGGGUAGCGGGACAUAUGCCCCCAUCCGGAAAGGGACAUCUAUUCAAACUUCUACCGCUACUUAGUCAGUGUGUUGCAGUGGCACAGGGCGACCAAGAGAUUUUGGGGUGGUUGGCGAAGGCUAUGGAUGAGAUUGGGGGUGCCUUGGGGGUUUUGUAGGUAUUUCGAAGGAGCGUGCUAGUAGAAGUAUGAUAGCCGACGGGCGGUAAUAUCCUUGUUGAAUUUUCUUCUCUUUUCUUUCCCUUUCCCCCCUUCUCGAAGGAUGCUGCGGUUGAGUAAUGCACUCGUUUACUGUAGAUUUCGAAGUUCAAAACUAAAAUGGUGCC